AUGGAUGAGUCGAUGGCAAUGAGUGACACAAAGGAUCAAGUGAUAAACGCCUCUAUGAGUCCGAGUCAGUCACCUGUGGAUCAAAUCGAGGCGAUGGUAGACAACUGUGUCAACCAUUGUUCCAAUAAUGAGGUUUCAGUCAGUAAUUCAAAUGAGACACCGAUUACUUCGGAUAUCAAACUUGAGGACAACGAAGACAUAUCUAGUGAUGAAGACAUGCCUCCCGAGGAAGAGGAGGACGAAGACGAUCCAAUAAUGAGGUUUCAGUCAGACAACGAAGACAUAUCUAGUGAUGAAGACAUGCCUCCCGAGGAAGAGGAGGACGAAGACGAUGACGAAGAAGACGAUUAUAAAGAGGAUUCAAUGGAUUCCGAUUCGGAUAUACCGGUCGAUGACAUCGACAAUAUGUUGGAGGAAGGGAUGGACGCAUACCAGCGCCCGGCUGUCAACAGCGGAUCCAACGAAAGCAUGUCUCGAAAGCGGAAAUUCGAUGAAAUGAAACUCAAACUCAAUGCCCCGCACGAGGAGAGGAAGAAAAUUGUCUUAAAAAAGAGAGAUCAGGACUACUUCGAAGUGCUUCCCGAGGGCUGGCUAGAGGUGACACACUUCAGUGGAAUGCCUAUAUAUCUGCACAAACAGACCCGCGUCUGUACCACAACUAAGCCCUACUAUUUAGGUCCCGGAUCUGCCAGAAAACACGAGAUCCCUAUCUCUGCCAUUCCUUGUCUUCAAUAUAAGAAAGAACUCGAAAAAGAUAAGGAAGAAGAGGAGCGCAACAAAGAGCUCAAGACUGACACGAAUUCUAGUGAAUGCAACGCUUUACUCGCGAAAGUGGAAACUGUGAGCGAAAACAAAAAAGAGAAAUCUUUGGAUUACAUGUCUGUCCGAAACUAUUGCCAAAAUUUGUUUGAAUUUCAAACGAUAACUAUUCGCAAAUUCAAAACGUGGGCCGACCGUAGAAAACACACACAACUCAGGAAAUUACAACAAAGACCUUCGCUUCCCGACGGCACUAAACUCAUCACUUGUCCCCUCCCGAAGACGCCCAACAAUGGCGAGUCGACCGCUGGAAGGAAUUACCGAAAGGAGUUUGUGAUGAACCCGGCGGGCAAGUCGUUUGUCUGCAUUCUUCAUGAGUUCGUUCAGCACGCGGAACGAGUUCAGCCGAAGUAUACAUUCCAAGAAUUAGAAAACGCGAGUCAGCCCUACAGCGCCACUGUUAUCAUCAAUGGUAUGGAGUACGGGAAGGGCUUCGGAAGCAGUAAAAAGCAGGCAAAAUCAGAAGCAGACCCGCGAGUGAGUGAUCUCUGCGCCAAAGCUGGUCAACACUCUCCCUAUCAGAUUCUAGUCGAAUGCCUUCGAAGGAAUUGGGGAAUGGGUGACACAGACAUCGAAACUGAUGUCCGUCUAGUGAAGCAUCAGAAAAAUGAGUUCAUAAUGAAAGUGGGAAAACACACGGCGUCUGUCAACUGUCGCAACAAACGAGAGGGCAAACAGAGGGCCGCGCAGGCGAUCCUUAAACUACUUCACCCGCAGAUCACAUCCUGGGGUAAAGAUCUAGAGAAGGGACGGGAAGGGGGGACAUGGCUUGCGAUGAAUACGAGUGGAAAGAUUGCAAAUCUUCUGAAUAUUCUUCAGCCAAAAGAUGAGAUUUGUUUCAAUAAGAAAAGUCGAGGCUUUCUUGUGGUGGACUACUUGGAGGGCAAUGAUUCGCCGCAAACAUAUUUGGACCAAAUAAGCAAAGAAUCGUCCGAUUAUAAUCCAUUCCGAAUGGUUGCCAUUCAUGUCAAACCCAAAGCAAUAGAAACUUUUGUUUUCUCAAACUCUAUUCAAAAGGCAACUCAAUUGAACUCAGGAGUCUAUAUAUUCGGCAACAAUAAAAUCGAUGAAAAAUUUUGGCCGAAACACCGAAUCGGGAGACAGAAGUUCGAAGAGAUUGUCAAUAAAUACAAUAAAACUUCUAAAUCAGAACUGAUUGAAGCUAUUUUUGGACUCUUAUCGGACACAACAAAAUAUCCUUUGGACGACCAAAUGAGAAGUCAAGGGAGGGGUAAAGCCAUUGAGUCAUUAGAGAAAAUGAACGCAAUUCAUGUGGUGAUUCCGGAGGCGAGUUGA